AUGGUUCCUCCCGACGUUGGACCCCAGAUCAGCGCCAUAGUGCAGACUGCAGUUGCCGGAGCCCAAAUCUUCAUGUGCAGAUCCAUCUUCAUCCGCUUCCUCCAACUCGAGUCCCACAGUCGACGGGUGAAGCUCCUCUACUUGAUGGCUAGCUUCGUGCUCUGCCUUCUGAGUUGCGGCGGUGCCAUAGCUUCAUCUAUAGCAGCCUUUGACGAGUUCACGCACGAUUCGACCAAAGGCCGACGGCCUCAAACGUCAGUCGUGCUCCCCAUUGCGCGGCCAAUUUCUUCUUUGGCGAGUAUCGGACAGCGGUGGAUCGGGGACUCGCUUUUGGCGUACCGUUGCUGGGUCCUCUGGAACCACUGCGCGUGGAUAGCUGCGCUACCCGUGACGCUUCUCCUUCUGUCCCUAGGAACCGCUAUCGCCAAUAUGGCAAAAUUCGGAUUCCUCUACGGUGGUUUGGCCAUGAGCCUUAAAUUCGAGAACCCCGAGGCCGUCACAGGGCCCAACGCGAAACCCUUCAUAACCGUCUUCGCACUCGACCUCUUCGCGCACGUCCUAAUGCACGUCGUCGUCACAGCGCUUAUCCUGUGGCGACUCAUCCGGGUACGACGGGCCAUGCCACCUUCGUUCAGAGCCCAAGUGGAGAAGAGGUAUUCGCCUGUCGCAUACAUGCUCAUCGAGUCCGCAGCGUUCGUCGCGAUUACGGGAGUCCCUUACGCUGUGAGAGCUAUUGUGCUGUAUGCGCAGGAGUCGAGGUGGGCUGUAGACUUGGAUGUACCAAUGUGGGUGUUCUCGAUCGCACAUACCACUGCUAUUGCCCUUGCUCCUCAGUUGAUCAUAUUCCAUGUGGCGGCUGGAAGGUGUGCGAUUCGGUCUACGACAGAGUCGGAAACGCUUUCGAAGGGCGACCAGACGGUUGAAGAGAUCCACCGGAAUGGGCGAGGGCAUGGGCCUAUAUUCGGAGGAAGAUCUACCUCUGAUGAUAGUAGUAACAUUGUAACCGUUACAUCCAAUCAACCGAGGCUCUCAGGAGAGCGUCCUAGGGAUGUAGAAAGCAUUCCGUAA